AUGGACAACACUUCAUCAUCAUUGCAUAGUUCUAUAGCUAAGUCGGAAUUGGGUGAUGGCAACAACCUACAGGCAAAGUUGGUGGAGCUGAGGAAGUUAGCAGGAUUCAAAACAACUAGAUGGAACUACUCACAGAAUUCUGUAAUCUGUACCGUAGAACAUAAAAUAGAAAACCAAUGUGCAGGGCCAUGGUUUCUACCUUCUAGUCCAAUUGCACUCUUGCAUAUGGGUGAUAAGUUUAGCAAUAUUGUUUGGACCAUGAACCCAAAAGAAUUAUCAACCUAUAGAGAAAUGAAUGAGAAUGAUUUUGUGAAGGCCCUAAACCAUGCUUUGAAUUAUGGAUAUGGUCUUCAUCCACAGUCAAACUUAUUGGGUAAUAAUGGAGACAUAUUUUCUUGGUUUAGAAGAGAUUUAACUUUUUCAGCUAAUGAGUGCUUUGAAGUUCCACCGAAUGUGGUUAAAUUGGUAUCUGGAAGAAUGGUGUUUCCAUUGUCUUUAAGGCUUGCUAAUAAUUAUGCAUCAAAGCGUGUUAUUCUAAUUAGUGAUGCAGCACACACGGUACAUCCUUUGGUUGGCCAAGGAGUUAACUUGGGCUUUGGAGAUGCAUUUGCUCUUUCAAGGAUAAUUUCUGAGGGUACUGCAGUAGGCACUGACAUUGGAGAGGUAUGCAUUCUAAAUUUUUUAUGA